GGGCAAACGACUCGUCGUGGAGUUCCGAUGAAUACGGAUACGGUUAACGAUGGAGGUCCGACGCCGAAUGAUCCGGGCAGAUCCAGCGCUGAUUGCAAGCGGCUCGCAAUUGACGGAUGAAGAUUUGCCGGCGGAUAGUGGGCAAGAUAGCCCCCGCCGUUCCAUCUCUCCUCAUCAGCUCGUUAAUGAAGAGCUCUGAGUGAAUUUGGCCAGCUUGAGGAUCUUUGCCUUAUCGAGCUGACGAUUGGAUUAGCCAGUUCAACUUUCUCCACCACCACCUGAUGGCGCCCUCUCCCCGACCGAAUGAAGGACGGCCCAACUUCGUUAGCAGUCUACUACGGAUAUCUACCAAUCAAUUCGUCGGAUCUCUGCCUCGCAUUACGCACAGUCGCAACGUCCUAUUUCUAGGAUUUCAGUUUGAUAUGCAACGCGCGCAUGGCCGAGCAGUACGCGAGUGAAAGAUUGGAACGGAUCAUACAUAAACUUACCAGAUGAUGACGCUUUUCCGUAACCAAGGCAACACUCGUCCGAUGCGUCUGUUUUUCUUUCGACGACCUACACGUCGCAUUUGCAUGACCUUCUUCGAUAUGUGCCAACACUUAGACUUUUUUUUCUCUUGAAAAGUUCAAUGACACAUCAGUUAUUAUGCAGGCUCGCCAUCAGUUUUCUACGCCAUCUGACAAUUGGUGUCAGGUGCAUUUUGCUGACAGUGAAAUCAAAGUUCUGAGAGCCUCCAAACAGUACAUUUAUGAUGAUUUGGGGAAUGAGUUCCUCGAUUGUGUUAGCAGCAGUGCCCAUGUGGGCCAUUGCCAUCCUCAUGUAGUUGCCGCAGGCCAUGCACAGAUGCUAAAACUAUGGACUACCCAAGGAUUUCUAAAUGACACAUACUCACAAUACAUGAAGAAGCUGAUGGACAUCUUGCCAGAGUCCCUCUCAGUUGUCUACCUUGUGAAUUCAGGGUCGGAGGCUACCGAUCUCGCGCUCAGGCUCGGCCGCCUAUAUACUAAAAGACAUGACGUAGCUGUUUUUGAGAGUAGCUACCAUGGAAAUAUUUCCAGUUUGGUGGAUAUAAGCAGCAAAUCAUUUAAAAGAUUGCCCCAGGGAAAAAAAGAUUUUGUUCACGUCAUCCCACUUCCGAGAACUCGUAACAAUAUUGAAAAUGAUCAAGCAGAAUUUUGCAAUGAGGCGCAGAAAGUCAUUCAAAAAGCUUCGCAAAAUGGUACACCAGUCGGUGUUUUCAUUUCGGAAAUUGUUGUCGCGGCAGCUGGAGUAGUUAUACCGCCCCCUAACUACUUCAAAACUGUAUAUCAGAUGGUUCGAAGUCAAGGAGGUAUUUGCAUUGCCGAUGAAGUGCAGACAGGCUUAGGCCGCCUCGGAGGAGACUUUUGGGCGUUUCAGGGAUAUGGUGUUGUGCCGGAUAUUCUUGCCUUUGGAAAAUCACAAGGAAAUGGCUUUCCCAUGGCUGCUGUUGUCACAACUCGUGAGAUUGCCGACAGUUUACCAGAGUAUAUGUCUACAUACGGUGGCAACCCUUUGGCGUGCGCCAUUGGUAAAGCAGUUCUGGAAGUUAUUAUCAACGAAAAAUUGAUGUAUUCCGCUAAGAUGGUCGGAAAAUUUCUUCUGGAAGGGCUGAGGGGGCUAAUGUCGAAACACCCUACCAUCGGAGACGUUCGUGGGAUGGGUCUUUGUAUUGGCAUGGAAGUAGUUUGUGGCCGUCCAGAUAUGAAACCAGCCACAAAUUUUGCCAAUCGCGUACUUUACCUGUUGAAGGAGCAAAAGGUUAUUGUAGCUACCCAAGGUGAAGAACGUAAUGUAAUCGCAAUGACUCCACCAUUGUGCUUCACUUUAGAAAACGCCCGCCGUGUCAUUGGAGCAUUCGACAACGCUUUUACCAAAGCGAGCCAGAAUGAUGAUGUGGCGCCAGUCCCUCCUAAUACGUCUAUUCUAGGAUUAGCAAGUAUUCCGUCAAACAUACUUGGAGAAAACGAGGAAGAAAUGCCAGGUCCAGCAAAAAGACAAAGACAAUAUGAAGAAAUGGACUAAAGUUGUUUCUCUUUUAAUGUGAUAUUUUCCUGUUACUCAAGUGUGUUUUAUAUUUGUCAUUAAGUAGAAUUUUCCCAACUUUGCUGUAUCCAUGCCAUCCAAAUUCUUAGGGGUCAAACUUCUAGAAUUUUUUUAAGGAAUGCUAAGAUAUCAAGAAAAUGCAGCAUAGUAUGAGUCCUGAUAUUCUGGUCAAGAUUUUAUAGGUAAAAAUCUAACAGGUAAAAUGGUGUUAAAAUCGGGUGCAAAUAGCAUGGAUUGAAUUCCAACUACGUCUGACCUACAGAAGAUACUCGAGAAGCGAAAGCUCAUCCCAAACCGUCGUUUUAACAGAGAACUUUUUUUUUUUUUUAAACUCCCAUUUCAUGUUUAAAUAUGUCGAUGGUCUUCUUUUCUUGUUGUUCUAAUUGAUGUUUAACUGUUAUAUAUAAUACAAGUUUUUUUAUUCUGCA